ACGAAGAACUUAACCAACCAUUUUUCAUGGAAAAUACCCAAGAUCGAAAAAAGAUUAACAAUAAUGUUCAAGAGCGUGAUCAUGAUACCCCUCACAUUGCUAUCCUUCCAUGUCCUGGAAUGGGUCAUCUCAUUCCUCAUCUUGAGUUAGCUAAACGUUUAUGCAACUUUCAUGGCAUCCAAGUGACGUUUUUCGUAUACUUAACCGAAGCUUCUGCUGCUCAAUCUCAAUACCUUAGCACACAUCCUCUUCCCAAAUCUCUUCAUGUAUAUCACCUUCCAUCCAGAGACAUUUCUCCUUUCGUAACAGAUUCUACUGAUAUUCAAACUCGUCUCUGUAUAAUCGUUCGUGAAUCUCUUCCUGAUGUUGAAUCCUACAUUGUUAGCUCUCACGAUAAUAAUACUAGUUUCAGACCCGUAAAUGUUCUCAUUGCGGAUUUCUUUGCUACGGGAAGUUUUGAUAUUGCCGACAAAUUGGGCAUACCGAAAUAUAUUUUCUUUUUCCCUGCAGCUGACUUACUCCCCUUCAUGAUAUAUCUGCCCAUACUUGAUAGCCAAGUGCAAGGUGAGUUCGUUGAUCUCAAAGAGCCGAUUGAAGUCCCUGGUUGUAAGCUGCUUCAACCAAGGGACCUAGUUGAUCCGGUCAGGAAUCGCAAGACUGAUGGGUACAACUGGUUCUUACACCAUGCAAGCCGGUUUCCACUGGCUGAUGGAAUUCUUUUGAACACGAGCUAUGAUCUUGAGCCUAAGACUAUUAAAGCAUUGGGAGAAGACCCAAUUUUACGACAACUAGGUACUCCGCGUGUAUAUCCAGUUGGUCCACUUAUUAAGCCAUCAUCGGCAAAAGUAGAAGUGAAAGAUGAGCAUUAUAUGAUCAUGGCAUGGCUUAACCAGCAACCAGAGGAAUCCGUGAUUUUUGUAUCAUUCGGAAGCGGUGGGACAUUAUCAGCUGAGCAGAUGACAGAGUUAGCUUGGGGGUUAGAACUUAGUGGAAAACGGUUCAUAUGGGUCAUUCGGAAACCGGUAGAAGCGGACGCUUCAGCAUCAUUUUUCAGCGUGGGUAACGAAGAAGAGAACAAUCCUGAUGAAUACUUACCUCAUGAGUACCAAAACAGGAUCAAUGGAGUAGGCUUGGUGAUCCCUACGUGGGCACCGCAAAUGGAAAUACUCAGUCACUCGUCAGUAGGUGGGUUUUUAAGUCACUGUGGUUGGAAUUCAGCAUUAGAAAGCCUAUGCAAUGGUGUGCCCAUGAUAGCGUGGCCGUUAUACGCGGAACAACGGAGUAAUGCUGCAAUGCUUGAAGAAGAGAUUGGAGUUGCCGUGAGAGUUAAGAGUGACGAAAAUGGAGUUGUGGGUAGGGAAGAGAUUGGAAGAUUAAUUAGUUUUUUAAUGGAUGAAGGAAAUGAAGACGACACUCAUAAGGUGGGUUUCAAUUUGAGAAGUAAAGCUAAACAACUUCAAAUAUUGAUGAGUGAAGCUAUAAACGAAGGAGAGUCUUCUUACCAUUCACUCUCGGAGGUUGCUGAUGAAUGGAAAGCAAGUACUAGUGUGAUGUAGUACAUCUUUCUAUGUAUCAACUCUUCAUAUUGAUCCAUUGUUUUAGUAUCAACAAUGUUCGUUGAUCCCUCGCAUCAGUAUCGAAUAUGAUUGUUGAUCCCUUUACGUUUGUUUUAGUUUACUUGCUUUGCAGGUCCUUUAGUUUCCUAGUUUACAUAGAAUUCCUAUUCUUUUCUU